AUGACGCAAACCGUGAUGCUCGAGGAUUUGCUGGGAGGCGACCCUUCCUCACCCAUCGUGCGAACGCGGGAGCCGCUCUGGCGCGUUCGGCACCUGCGGCCCCGUCGCCCACCGUCGCAGCUGGGAAAGCCGCCCCCUGUCACAGUGAAGACUCGCUCCGAAGUGCCGCUGCCUCUGAAAACUUCUGGAGAAUCCUCUGGGGAAUGUGGGGAGCCUUCUUUCUUGGCAUUCGGGGAUGCCGUGCGGCUCACGCUCCCCCCGCUGGCAGCUGGCGGCCUCGCUGCUGCGCUCUGUGCCUGCGUCCGCCCCAAGGCCGUUGGUGACGUUGGGCCACGCGAGAUUGUGCCUACGGAUGCGGAGCGCGAGGAGCUGCGACUGGCAGAGGACCUGGCAUCGUCGGGCCGCAGGGCCAAGGACUUCGUCGCAGUCACGGCAGCAAGGGUGCCCGACCCGGAGGUUGUGGUACGGCGAAGUGCCUGGCGAGUGUUCCGGUGUAGCGAGCUCGACGGGUUCCCUGCCGGCUCUCGUGUUCACUACGGGCAGCACUUGCACUUUGGGCUGCCUUCCGUUGACGAUGCCGACUCUGAGAUCUUGCUUAGCUGUGAGCCGCCAAGCCGCUGUGGAGGGCUUGGGGCUCCGUACUUGAUCCUGGGACGCUUCGUGGACUUCGGGCAUGUCUGCCAGGGCCGACGGAGUUGGAACACGGCCUUCACGAUGGUGCCAGAGGAUGCGUCAAGCUCGGCCGGUGGCUUCGGUGACCCGGUGGACUUGAGGUGUGGUGUGCGCAUCAUCCCCAUCGCGCCCUUCUCUUACUUGCAUGGUCCGCGCCUAAUGCAGGCCGUUUUCGGUGGACUGAGCAACCCUGUCGGACGGGGCUGCAUCUCCCGCUGCGCUGCCGUGGGGAAAGAUGUGCGGGAGCUCUUGCUGCACGCCUCUGCGCCAGACGGGGAGCCUCCGGAUGUCGGCUGGGUGCUGGAGCGGCUGUGCCUCACCCAGGGCACGACUUCUCCACCAGCAGGUGCCGACACGACCUUUGCCCGGUGGCACAGCUUGAGGGCUGCGAUCCAAAAACGCAUCCGCCGCCGUGGGGAGGCGCUGGCCUAUAGCACUUUCCGGAAGAUCCUCUCCAAGGACUGCUUGGUGCUGGACGACCCGAUCUCUACCAACCGCUUGCCGGCGGCGGAUGGUGCUGUGACCCUUGCUGAACGCACCCUGGUUGGCGAAUCUAGUGUUUUGACAUCCCUGCGCUGCGACUACGGCGUGCAGCUGGGCGAUGCAGAUAUGCAGUUGAUAACGAAACACUUCCGGCCGCCCGGCACGGAGGCCCUUUGGUCCGAGCCUGUCAUUGACGCCAACGCCUUCGCGGACGCUCUCAGAGGUGAGACUUCGCCAGGGAGGUCACGAACCCUGCAGCAGCUGUACUCCUUGCUGCAGAAGCAGGCCGGGCUGAAGCCUCCAGAGAGCCUCUCCGUCGCCUGGAUCCGUGCACGUGUGGAGUCCAUGGAGGAGGGUGGCCAGCUGUUCCCUGCCGGGGACCUCCUCGCCUCCUUGCCACUGGUCCGCAGCCACGCUGGAAUCACGCGGCUGGCAUUCUUGCGCUGGCAGAUGGAUGCACUAGCGCUCAUCCCUGCCCAUGAGAGCUGCCUCGGGUUCUUAUACCAGAGCCUUGAUGCAAGGUGUCAGAAGGUAUGGUUCAGAGUCGAGGAUCUGUUUUGGGUUUGCCAAGGCUAA